UUAUUUGUUUUAGUUACAUCUUCGUGCUUAUAACUCGUAGUUACAGCCAGACAUUAGAAAUUUAUAAAUUUUUAUAUCGCAAGUGAAGGACUUUCAACAAUUUUUAAACGAAAUUCGAAAAUGGUUAAAGUUUGGUACAUGGAUAACGAUACCACAAGUGACCAACGCUUGGAACAUCAUAGGAACCCCCCAGAAUAUUUAUCUCUAGAUGAACUAGUUAAGAAGACCGGCGUAGAAUAUUACAGCCUAAAUGUGGAGUCAUACACCACAGAUGGAGUUCUUGAACAAAUAAAAAAAGAACGAGGCUACACUUAUGAAGAUGAAAUCACCUGCUCGGAAAAGUGUCUAGCUAACUAUGAAGAAAAGCUGAAAUCCUUUUAUACAGAACAUCUGCAUACGGAUGAAGAAAUACGGCUAGUCAUUGAAGGCUCUGGUUACUUUGAUGUACGAGAUGGUGCAGACCAAUGGAUACGCAUCGCUGUGUUUCCAGGAGACCUUAUCAUAAUACCAAGUGGAAUCUACCAUAGAUUUACACUUGAUUCUAAUAAUUUCAUACGUGCCAAACGCUUCUUCGUCGGUGAACCAGUGUGGCUACCAUAUAACCGCCCAGCAGAUGAUAUGUCCUGUCGUAAGGAGUAUGUAGACAAAUUGCAAAAGGGAUUUGUAUCAGUUAAUUAAUUUAAAUAAUAAUGUAAUUUAAAUAGUUUUGCCAUUUGUGUACUAAUGAGAUGGAACAUACAGAAGGAGUUCCUUCUAUGUUCUUCUUUAGUUACUUUAUUAUUUGUAACUGUUUUAAUGUUUCCUAUUAUUUAGUCAUUUUUAUUAGCAUCUGCCCUUUGUGUAAAGGCUUCAAUUUUUUUGUGGACCAAUCUGCAUCUCAAGAAUAGUUAAUGUACUGUUGAGUCUCCUAGAGUAUAUCAAAAUCGUAGCAAAAAGCUCUCGUAUAUUAUUACCUGCUUCUUGUGAAGCUGGAGUUAAGCAGCACAAAUACCUUGGGUAUGCUAGCAUAUCGUCAUCAUUCCUAAACACUUACUUAAAGUAAAACUCAAUCCAGACUUGAUCCAUGUUUAUGAGUCUUGACUGAAUGUUAUCUGAAACAUUGUUUAGUUCGUUCGUUGAGGUUAUUUGAGCACUUUUAUGUCUGGACCGAAUAUAGUAAUUCAUUUCGGCUAUUGCCUUUAUUUUGUGCAGAGAAAGUGUAUUAGUUGCCGAAUAUGUUUUCAUCCGUCUUAAAUACUACAUAUUUUCAAUUACUAUGGACAAGAGUUCGAUGUUCUGUUAAACCUGUCUGUUACCUUUCCAGUUGAAGUAUUUUGUUUACUUUAAACUAAUGUUCUUAAUGUAUUAUACAGCAUUCAGUAGUGGUUUGUUGUUUUAGGACAUGACCUAAGCGAGGUGCUUUCAUCAAACAAGGCCCUGUUGAUCAUUUCUAUAGUUUACAAAUGAGUUCUAUUUAAUAUUCCCAAAUAUAGUAACCCAUCUUAUCAGUAAAAAAACUAAUCGAAUUCAUAUUGUAUAUUCCAACUCCGUUGAGCUUGCGAGUAUAUCUGAUAAUGUAUUGUUGGAGGUAGAUGCUUGGGAAUACUCCAAGAACUCGGUUUUAAGCAGCGGGUCUCGGCGUGGUGAUCAGUCCAAAGAUCGCCUUGUCGUCCAAG